AUGUCUGAGGCGAACGGAGCGCCGAAGCCAUUCAAGGCUGCUAUCAUUCAGGACUUCUCAACAACCAAACCAUGGGGCCCGAUGACAAUCGAUGCUACUACAGGCUACAUCCGUCGCGGAAUCUCCCACGCGAAAGUCGACCACUACCGCGCGGCUGAUGGCGAAGCCUUACCUCCGGCCACCGACUAUGACCUGUUCGUCCUCACCGGCGGAACAGUGAACCUUCUCGAAGAUGAGAAACCCGAGUGGGCGAUUCGAGUUCUCGACCUCAUCCGCGAAGUCUCUGUGCUCCCAAACACUAAAAUAGUCGCUUUCUGUUGGGGUCAUCAGGCGGUGCAUUACGCUCUCGGUGGAAGCCUGGGGGUUCUCGCCGAGGGACCGAGGAUUGCGGUGGAAGAGAUGAACUUUACCACAGAGGGGAAGGAAUUCUUUGGAAAGGAUACACUGUUGCUGCAAAAGUACCAUAAACGUUAUGUGACGGCUUUGGCACCUGGGUUCACUGCGCUUGCUGAACGAUGCGAGAUCUCCAGUAGCGUAGAGAAAGGAUUUAUCACGUUCCAAGGUCAUCCGGAUCUCAGCCGCGAGACCGUUAAGAUUCUGGUCGAGACGGACGAUGGACUGUACAAACAAAAUGAGACGACAGCGAGGAGUCCUUGUGGGAAAUUAUUCAGCAGCGAUACGGCCGAUGACGGAGGUGAAGUCUGGUUGAAGAUCAUGGAUUUUGUGAGGAAGUAA